ACGGUCACUCUUGUCCCUCACAUUAAUAAGCUAAGCAGUCAGCUGUUGAUUGUUAUUGCGAUGUUUUGUUUAUAUUUGUUUAAUUGUUCUGUUUAAAUCACACGUUAUUUUGCACAUACAUUAAUCCAACUAUUGGCACGAUAUCGAAUGAUGUUUCGACUAACGUGCAUUACACCCAGAAUAGACGCGGUUCAUAGGCGUAAAUACAGUAGAAAAACACCCAAGCCGGAGACCCACUAUGAAGUGCUAAAUGUUAACAGUGAUUGCAGCACUAGAGACAUUAGAAAUGCGUUCGUAAAGCUCUCAAAACAGUUUCAUCCCGACGUCAGAAGCGAUGCUACUAAUGUUGAAAAAACUAAUCGUUUUGUUCAGAUUUCGGAGGCCUAUCGUAUUCUGGUAAAACCGCAAAGUCGACGAGUCUACGAUGAUAGCCUGUUGUGGACGCCAACGGGCGGAGCCCGUAGCCAGGCAACUGAGUCAGAUCAAACAUAUCAGGCUUGGGAAGUAAGACCCAAUUACAGUCCCAAUCCCGGAGCUUACUAUGGCAUAAAGGGCAUGAAACGUGUAUCCAACUGGCAGGUGGCCCUUUUUCUCAUAGCUCUCGGGGUAUUUGGUGCUAUUUUUGGUUUCACUUCGGUCAAGCAAUCAUUUGAGCUCAGCCGCCAAUUGCAGGAAGAAAUCUCAGCUGAUGCGAGUUCCCAUCACGCAGCCGUCGUGGCCGAUGCUCAGAAAUAUGGCAACGAAGAGCAAAUGCGUCGCAUGAUACAUCGGAUCUCCAAGGGUCCAUUCAAUCAAUCUGAAUCAAAGUAGACGGUUAUUGAACAUUUGUUAAAUACGGAUUUUCAUGUGUGUGUGAUCUUAGAUCUAAAUUUCUUCUGCAAAAAAUAGAUGACUAUAGUUUAAACUCUCUCA